CGAUCAAAACAUUCAUAGUCGUUACUACGUUUGAAAAUGGAAAACGAGAGAGAUUCUGUCGUAAAUUCAUCGUCUAUAAUUGACCUUAAAGCAGAGCUCUUCAGAAAACAGGAGGAAUUUAAAAGGCAGCAACUUCAGCACAAGAAUGCAAAUGUUAUCAAAGGGAAGACUGUAGAAAAAAAAGCUUCAAUAUGGAGCAAAAAGAACAAGGGUGUGUUAGAGAGAAAUCACAAAGACUUGGAGGAGAAGAUAGAAGAAGCAAAUGAAUUUGAAAAAUCAAAAAAAUCUUUAGAGGCCAAGGCAAAAUUGUACGAGAAGAUAACUUGUGGAGGAGAUAUCCCAGAGGAAGAUGGAAGUCAAGUCUACCUAGUGGACUUCCAGAAGAAGGCCAUUGACAGGAUAGUGGAAGACAGAGAUCAGAAGAGGAAGGAAGAGGAGGAAGAGAGGGAACGACAAGAGGAGGAACUUUUGAGAAAAGCUGUAGUUCCUCCUCCAGCCAGCAAAGAAGAGGAAUGGGUGGAUUAUGUAGAUGGAUUUGGAAGAUCAAGACGUUGUAUGAAAAAGGAUCUGCCACAUCUGAUGAAACAAGACCAGAAGAUCCAUGAAAAUGACAGAGACUCCAGUAUGAAGGUUGACAACAGGUCUGCUGAGAUGGUAUCCAAUGAUAUGUACAAAGAAAUGCUGAGGCAAAAAUGGGAAGAGGAGGAAAAAGCAGCCAUGGAUCAGCCCAUUCACUACUCCAACGUCCAGUACGAUGAAGUCCGAACGCAUGGUGUGGGAUUUUAUCAGUUUGCAAAAGAUGAGGAGUCAAGAAAAGAACAGCUGGAUUCCUUAAAAGAUAUACGAGAAAAGACUAAAGACGAGAGAAAUCAUAGAGAGAAAAUCAAAGAGAAAAGAAAGGCUAUCAUGGAGGCCAGACUUGCCAAAGUGAAACAGAGAAAAAUGAAAAGGGAGGGAAUCACAGAUCUUCCUGGAGGAAAAGAGGAUGAUGAAGACAGCAUAGGUCCAAAACUCAGUGAAGCAACACAGGAAGAGAAAUCAGAGAAAGUGGUACCAGUAAAGAAGGAACCAGUAAAGAAGGAACCAGAAUUGCUGAUGAGGGACGACAGUCUCCGAGGAACUGGGUCGCAGAGGGAGUGGGAUAAGGGCAAAGAGAAGCUAUUCCCUAUGUCGAGUGAGCAGAAAUAUUUUGAAAGCAGACGAGAUGAAAGAAAUGCCGAUUUUGCUCCCCCAUCAAUGUACUUCAACACGGACAGUUCUGCUGGAAGCAACCAGAUACGAAACACAGCGACAGCAAGCCCUGUGAAAUUGGAAAAGAAAAUAGCUGACGAACAAAUUUCCGAUUUUUUAUCCCAGGAAAGAUUAAAGACUCAACAAGAUGUUGGUGGGAAUUCAGAACCCAUUUCUCCUUACAAUACAGGUUCAGCAUCAUCCACAUUGGAUGGGAUUCAGCAGCACCCCUUAAAGACAGGACCUGAAUUUACAAAUCCACAAACUGAACCCGAACAUGUGCAAGACAUACCCCUUCCACAAGGCAGGAAGAGCCCUGAUCCACCAAACUCCAGCAAUAGCAGUCACACACAAAAUCUAAAUCCAAAUUUCUCCCAGUAUCCUCCACCUAAUCUUCCACUACAGCAAGGAACAUUUUAUGUACCAACACAUCUUCCACCCCCUGGUUAUAGUCAGUCAGAAGUGCCCCCUUUCCAGCAAUGGCUUCAGCCACCCAUCAAUGUGAUGCAGUAUCACCCAUCCAUUUCUUCCACAUAUUAUCCACCCACCUCUAGUUAUUCUGUGUCUUCCAUCCUCCAGGAAAAUCACAGUACUGAAAUGACUGGAAGUCCACAAACAUCAGUAGUUAGUGAUACUGUGGGGACUUGUGAUUCCGUUCAAUCAACAGCAAAACCCACUAGAUAUAAUAUUGUUGAUCCUCGUCUUAUUCAAAAUGAGGAAGUUUUAGAAUCCACCCCUCAAAACUUUACACCACUGGAAGAGAACGUUGAAGAGCAUAACUAAGAAAGACCUACAGUAUGUUGCCAUAUUAAUGAAUGUAUCGUGUUGCCGAUUUUUAUUUAAAAUAAAAUGGUAGCGUUUUACCACUA